AGAUUGUUCCAGUUGAUCCACAGCCAGGCUUGGGCAGGCGUUCUCUUCAUGCAGUGGAUGCGAUUCUGAGAGGCUGAGUUUGUGCCUAGGUCCACAGCGUUAGGCAGAACCAGACCAAAACCCAGCCCUUCUGAUCCAUCUCGGGGCGCCUGGAGUGGCAGCUAGGAGAGGGGGCAGAGUUGGUGCCCUUGCUGGACGUGCCCCAGGACUGGCGAUGCCCUCCUAGCCAGCCGCCGAGGGAUGGAGGGCUUCAUGGACUCAGGGACCCAGACUGACGCCGUGGUGGUGCUGUCCUUGGCUCAGGCCGCUGUGCUGGGCCUGGUCUCGGAAAAUGAGCUCUUUGGAGCCACCAUAAGCGCUGAAGCCUUCUACCCGGACCUGGGGCCCGAGCUGUCCGGGGCUUCCAUGGGGGAGCCCGGGCCCCCCGGCCCUGACGUCUACCAGCUGGCCUGCAACGGGCAGGCCUUGGACGAGCCGGCCGAGGAGGAGGUUCUGGAGGUGGAGGCGGCCUUCGAGAAGCACACCCGGCGGAAGACGCGGCCGCCCGUGCGCCUGGUGCCCAAGGUCAAGUUUGAGAAGGAGGAGGAGGAGCAGGAGGUCUACGAGGUGUCGGUGCCCAGCGACGACAAGGACGCAGGCCCCGCGGACGGCCCCGCCCAGGCGGCCGGUGGUGGCUGCGAAGCCCUGGUGCAGAGCAGCUCUGUCAAGAUGAUUGACCUGAGCGCCUUCAGCCGCAAGCCCCGGACGCUGCGGCCCCUGCCCCGACUCCCGAGGCCGGAGCUGGACGUGGCCCCCUACGACCCGCACUUCCCCGACCCGGCCCGGGAUGGCUUCCCCGAGCCCAGCAUGGCGCUGCCGGGGCCCGAGGCCUUGCCCACUGAGUGCAGUUUCGAGCCGCCCCACCUGGCUUCCCUGAGCGACCCUGAGGCCCCUACCAUGGAGUCCCCGGAGCCCGUGAAGCCGGAGCAGGGCUUCGUGUGGCAGGAGGCGGGCGAGUUCGAGGCCGAUGCGGCAGGCGCCACGGUGGAGCGCCACAAGAAGGCCCAGCUGGACCGGCUGGACAUCAACGUGCAGAUUGACGACUCCUACCUGGUGGAGGCCGGGGACCGCCAGAAGCGCUGGCAGUGCCGCAUGUGCGAGAAGUCCUACACGUCCAAGUACAACCUGGUGACGCACAUCCUGGGCCACAACGGCAUCAAGCCCCACUCGUGCCCGCACUGCAGCAAGCUCUUCAAGCAGCCCAGCCACCUGCAGACGCACCUGCUGACUCACCAGGGCACCCGGCCCCACAAGUGCCAGGUGUGCCAGAAGGCCUUCACGCAGACCAGCCACCUGAAGCGCCACAUGCUGCUGCACUCGGAGGUCAAGCCCUACAGCUGCCACUUCUGCGGCCGUGGCUUCGCCUACCCCAGUGAGCUCAAGGCGCACGAAGUGAAGCACGAGAGCGGCCGCUGCCACGUCUGUGUGGAGUGUGGCCUGGACUUCUCCACCCUGACCCAGCUCAAGCGCCACCUGGCUUCCCACCAGGGCCCCACCCUCUACCAGUGCCUGGAGUGUGACAAGUCCUUCCACUACCGCAGCCAGCUGCAGAACCACAUGCUUAAGCACCAGAACGUGCGGCCCUUCGUGUGCACCGAGUGCGGCAUGGAGUUCAGUCAGAUUCACCACCUCAAGCAGCACUCGCUCACCCACAAGGGUGUGAAGGAGUUCAAGUGCGAGGUUUGUGGCCGCGAGUUCACGCUGCAGGCAAACAUGAAGCGGCACAUGCUGAUCCACACCAGCGUCCGGCCCUACCAGUGCCACAUCUGCUUCAAGACCUUCGUGCAGAAGCAGACUCUCAAGACCCACAUGAUUGUACACUCACCCGUGAAGCCAUUCAAGUGCAAGGUGUGCGGGAAGUCCUUCAACCGUAUGUACAACCUGCUGGGACACAUGCACCUGCACGCGGGCAGCAAACCCUUCAAGUGCCCCUACUGCUCCAGCAAGUUCAACCUCAAGGGAAACCUGAGUCGGCACAUGAAAGUCAAGCAUGGUGUCAUGGACAUCGGCCUGGACAGCCAAGACCCCAUGAUGGAGCUGACCGGGACCGACCCCUCUGAGCUGGACAGCCAGCAGGAGAUGGAAGACUUCGAGGAGAAUGCGUACGCCUACGCGGGCGUGGAGAGCGGCGCCGAGGCCAGCGUCCUCACUGAGCACGCCAUGAAAGAGAUGGCGUACUACAACGUGCUAUAGCACACGCUGGGCCGCCCAGAACGGGGUGAGGAGGGCCUGGGGCGUGGGGGUGAGACCCGUGGGCUGCGGGAGCACCUCCUGCAGCUGAGAAACAAGCUACUGCCCCACUGCCCUGAGCCCUGCCCUCCCGCUGAGUCAUUUGCACCACUAGGGACUUUUAGACCAAAUGGACUGUACUACUGGCCUCAGCUGUGAACCAGGCACAGGCCCUAGGCAUUCUGGGGAAGGAAGGGGAACACAGAGGCCGGGUCUACGUCUCAUCGGCCUGCUGCUGUGGGAGGGUCAGGGAAAUGCUGAUGGGAGCCAUUCGGGGACAGGCCAUAGGGCACAAGUUCUCAGGUGUCUCCAGGCCCAGUGGAGCUGGGGCAACCAGUGUGGGCAGGGGUCCGGACACUGGAGGAAGAGAUCACUUGAGUCAGGCCUUGUUUUUCCUCUGGACCAACUCCUGCCUCCAGGGAUGGUUGAGCUCCCGAGCUGGUUAGCACUGCCCACCCACCCACCAGCCCCUGGGCUGGGAAAAGCCCGGGCCCCAGAGCCGCCUUCCCCACCCUCCCUGCCUGUGGACAACCGGGCAGGGCCUCUGCCUUCUACCUCCUGGUGCCUCCUGCACUCUCCUGGAGCCAGGCAUGCAUGCAGCCCCCGUCCUGGCCCGCAGGAAGGCGGGGUAUAGCCCAGCCCCAGCUAAUGCCCUCUCCAGCCAACCCCCAAGAAGGCCCCACAGCCCUAAGGUGGAUUUCGACAAAUGUCAUCCAGUUCUGUCUUGAGCUGGGACCCCACACCAGGGUCCCCAGCGUGAACAAAGCUGGGACAAUGCCUUGCGUCAGGCAUACACUACCAGAAAUGGAGGCCCCCCCGAGCGAGGGGGCAGAGCACAGUGAAGAGACCACUGGGGACAAAGAGGGGCUGUCCUCAGAGGACGCCAAGAACCAUCUGUAUGGGGGGUGGGGGAGCUGGAGGAUUUUUCUUAUUUAAGGUAUAACAAGUAUCCAUUUUGAGGAUGGGGACAGCCAGGAGUCAGCGGGCUCCCAGGAAGAGCAACAUAUUUAAAAAGGAAAAUGAAGACCAUAGAGGAAAAAAAAGAUUGUUUUUGAGCAAAUGGGGAUAUUUUGAAGGUAAUUUAUUAUUUUUUUUUUCCUUUCCAACUCUGUGUCGCCUAUUACCUUUUCUGAUGGAGAUCAUUUUCUUUUCCCCAACAGAAGCUUUCUUGUGUGCUGUGUGUGCUUUGUGCCCCCCAACCUGAAAGGGUAGGACUCGGGCUUGGAGGGGACUGUCCCUCUGGCCCUGGAGGUCCGGCUGCUGGCAGGAAGCCUCAGGAGGCCGGGGCUAGAGGCAGGAGGAGGCAGCCAGGCAGGCCAUGCACCCGCUGCCAGGCCCCCCACUGUCCCACCCCCCCCAGAGCCAGGGCCUUGACUCUGCUCAGCCAGCAGCUCCGUCACUUGCCCGCUCUCAUCACCUCUAUCCCCACGCCACCGCCCCUUCCCUUGGAACUGAAGGCUGCAGGCCCCGGGCAAGGAAAUAGCACCUUCGGGAAUGCUAGGGCACCCUGACUCCCCGCCCUGAGGCCGCAGUGGGCGAGGGGCAGGCAGGGCUGUCCCCAAAGGCACAGGAGGUGAAGCCACCGACUUCAGCCCAGAAACCAGGUGAGGGGGAAACAGCUGGGGGUGGAGGGGACCAAUCUGACAUGCAGCUGCCCCCAAGGCUGUAUCCUUAGUGAAGGACCAAGCCAGGCCUCCGGUGGCUGUGAUCAGGACGGAGGGGAGGAUCGGGCAGCCAGGUGCCCCUUCCUUCUUGCUGGAGCUUACACUAAGCGACAAACGAGAGGGCUGGGGCUCUCCAGACCCCGAGGCCCCCCAGCCUCCCAGGUGCCCGCCAUGAUGACCCUCAGGUGGCAGUGACCCGUCACUGUAGAAGACAUUUUUCUCCUGCUGAGCAGAAGCAUCAUCCCCUGCAAACUACCUCUUCCCACAACGUCUUUCUCCCCUGGUACCAAAAAGAACCCUGUACCUCCUCCUCCUCUCUGCUGCCAGCACAGUGGCCUUGGUCCUGGAAACCCAAGGGAGAAGGUCUGGGCCCCAGAGGGGCCCCCUCCCCUCCCCCAGCCCCGCCGUCAGCACCGGCCCUCUGCGAGGUUCGAUACUUGAAUGCCCCUGCCCUGUGCCUUGGACUUGGGCAAAGCGAAGAGAAGGGGACAGCACAACUCAGAACUGAGAGCUGGGGGGUGGUUUUGGCAAGGCUUCUGUCCUCACCCCUUGCCCCUACCUUUUCAAAAGAGGUGUGUGGCCUCUCGGGUGACUUUGAAACUCCUGGAUGAAUUCCAUUCUAACUUAUUUUGACGUGUAUACAAACCAACUGUUUAGAAAUUCCACUUGUGCAAAGCCCUACUGUGUUUUUAUGUUCCUGUUCAAAAGAGAAGUUUACUUAGCAAUAAUUAUAAAUAAAUGAAUAUUCUUUA